AUAAAGAUCUAAGAGCCAUCUUCUGCGUCUUCAAUUCUACCGCAUGAGUUGUAUGACCCUUUGAUCGUUUCCUUAUAAAUUCUGCGUCUAAAGUCUUCCAGCCUCACUGGCACCUGAUGAAGCAGCGCUCCGAAAGCUGGUGUUUUCAGACAAACCCAAAAUGCACGAUAACCUGGUGUUGUGUGAUUUUUGACCAACAUUAUAGCGGCUCCACAUUAAGCUCGAGCUUGAUCUUGUGGCAGGGCAUUUCCCAAAUAGGCGGAGCUCCAAGUUUCUUGUUCAACACGGAAGAAGACGUAGGCAGGAAGGAACAACGGCGGCUAGAGCAAUGGAGCUGGUCUCCCUGGCACAGGCCGGACAGCUACAAUACUUCCCUCCUCAAAGAAGGGAAAAUGAUGAACGAGUUGAAUCAUGAUCGUAUCAUAAAGUUGAUUGGAGUUAUUUUGGAAGAUGGCAAUUACUCACUUGUUAUGGAAUUCAUGGAGAAUGGGAACCUGCUGCAGCUUUUACAAAGUGUACCUAUCCCAUUAUCCGUGAAAGGAAGAGUAAUCCUGGAAAUCAUUGAAGGAAUGUCUUAUUUGCAUGAAAUGCGUAUUGUGCACAAAGAUUUAAAACCUGAAAAUAUCUUGGUGGACGCAGAUUAUCAUAUCAAGAUAGCAGACCUAGGGGUGGCAAUUUUUAAAACCUGGAGUCGACUGACCACUGAAGAGCAAAGGAGAAGGAGCCAGAUGGGCUCAAAGUUGCAGAACAACGCAGGCACAUUGUCCUACCUAGCACCAGAACAUCUGCAUUCACUGAAUACCAAGGCCACGGACAAGUCUGACGUGUACAGUUUUGCCAUUGUAGUAUGGGUGAUCCUAACCAACAAAGAGCCAUAUGAAAAUGCACUGAACAAUUCGCAGGUUUGCCAGCUGGUUCUCCGUGGAGAACGGCCUGAUAUGAAUGAUAUUCCUGUUGACAGCCCCGAAUGCGUUGUUUCUUUAAUGAAGCAGUGUUGGGAAAAUGAGCCCGAGAAGAGGCUGACUUUUGUAGGUUGUGACUUGCAAUUCCGACCAUUCUAUGAAGGAAAUCUACUUCAAAUUAUUGGUCCAGAUUUGACAAAAUUAAGAGUAUUAUCGCUGAAGAAACCAACGGCUCCAAAGCAGCUAGUGAAAAGGAUGCAGUCUUUGCAAGUGGAUUGCGUUGCUGAAAUGCCAGAAACUCCGACAAAAGAUGAGCCAAAUUCCUUGCACAGCUCACAAGGUAUCCCUGCAAGCAGCGACACUCGAGAGGCAGAGUUUACACCUUGUAAGUUAAGCGAGCCUGCUGUGAAUGACCCUGACAGCGGUAUUUGGCAGGAAAAUGACAAUGACGACUUGCAGGUCAGAAGAAAACUAAAUGAGGAAUUGAAUUACCACAUGACGGGCAGUCGCCUGGACGCUUCCGUUUCUCCGCGUAAGAUUGAAGAGAUCUUUUUGGAAAGAAGCAAAAGAGUUUCCAAUGAGCCGGAUUUCACCAACCAGUUUCCUCUCAUGCCUCCCUCUCAUUAUCUGGCAGGCAUGUCCAGUGUGGGGCAGUCUGUAGACUUGUAUGGUUCCCAAGACUCAAACCUUUGUCAGCAGCUCCACAAAACGGGGGACACCUUGGGAACCUAUUUGAACUAUUCAAAACCUGUCAAGGAAGAAACCGGUUGGCGAGACGCAAGUAAAAUAAAUCCGUCAGGAAUUCCUACAGGACAGAGGGGGUCUCUGUACAGAACUCCAGCCCAUAUUCCUGUCACUGAGACUGGUAUCCCACAAACUGGAAAACCUGGUAUCUGGUCUCCACAUCAGCAUACAGGAAAUAAGAGUGAAUCCAGUAACUACAUUGGGAAUGUUCUUCAUAAUCUUCCAAAUCAGCUGGUGCGGACAGAAACCAACAAGAUCAGUUAUUUUGGCCAAGAAGGUACAGCGAACAUCUCCAUAGGCGAGGCUAGGGGAGUUCAGAUUGGCAACAAUAACACUAUGAAUAUUGGAAAACAGGUUUUCAACACGAAAAAAAAGAAUGGCUCCAAAGUUUCCAGGCAGAUACAAAGUGCUCAGCAAUUGAAUAUUGUCGACAACACUCCAGUUCAAGAAUCUCACCUGGACCUGCUGCGGGGAGAGUUGGGCAAAGAUUGGAAACACUGUGCUCGUAAGCUGGGCUUCAGAGAGUCCGAAAUCGACGAGAUUGAUCAUGAUUAUGAAAGGGACGGAUUGAAGGAGAAAGUUUACAAAAUGCUACACAAAUGGCAAAUGAAAGAAGGAUCCAAAGGUGCCAGCCUUGGCAAGCUUGCCCAAGCCCUUUCUUCAUGUCACAGAUAUGACCUGAUUCGCAGUUUGCAGAACUGCAUCUAAGUUUAUUCCGUUUGAAGGACAAUCAACAAAAAUCCUCCCACUCAUGUUCGAAAAUCCUGUGAAGUGCCUUCAGAUAUUUUUACUACAUUCAGGGUGUUAUAUAAGUGCUUAUUGCGGGAUGGCUGCUGGUAUGGUCAUGGAAUACAUUAAGACUUGCCUUGCUGGUUCAGUGUCAAAACCCUUGAAGGUAUUCAGCUUUUAAUAGCUCUUUGGAUCCUGAACUUUUACGGUGUUUGGCUUUGAUAUGGAGAAAUGGUGAAUAGUUUGAUCUAUUGUAUAGAGGUGGAAGUGUAUAUCAAGAAUGUGAAUGUCAUUUUGUAUUUGAGCAGUGGCCUGACCCAUGAAAAUAUGGGGAGGUGACACUCUGACUCAUCAUGGGCAGUGCAAAUUCUGGGCUGUUCAUCAAUGUUCGGUACUUACUGGCGUUUGAAGUUAGUGUGGGCCUGACUUUGAGCACAGCCUCUUCCCUCAGCCUACACAGGCCAGACGACAAGCAUCUUGACUCCACCCCCCCUCCAGGAUUGAGGUCUAAGCUGUGGGCUUCAUUGGCAGCAGCAGUCCUCAGGCCUAGACCUGGGAAUUGGGGGGAGAAGGAGUUGGCGUUAGUCCUGCUCCUGGUUUCACGGAUUUUUUUGAAAAAGUAAUCUAAAUUGUCAUCAGAACCAGAUUAUUAAAGCGUUAAAAAAUGAGCAGAAGUGGGUCUUUCAAUCCCUUUGCCAUUCAAUAAGGUCAUGGCUAUAAUUUCUGCUUCAGUGCCACUGGAGAAUCCUGCAUUGUUCAUCCAUGUCUGUUAUCGGACAAUCUGCGCUUUACUGGCGCACCAACAGGUUUUAGGUCUUGAGGAAUAUUUCCCUUUUAUAGACCCUUGACAGAUGAUCCCUGUGAAUUUAGUAAUGGGACAUAGCUAUUUUCUCAAUAGCUAGCCAAAGCACUUAUAACUACAAGUGUGCUGUCUCCUUACCCUUUCAUAAAUGACGCAAUGGGUAUGUCUCUCAUAUUCUGUCCCAUUUAUGAAAGGAAAAGAUUGCGUGUUAGCAGGAAACCUGCCCGUAGCAGUUUAAAGAUUAUUGUGUGGGAUAGCCAGGCCAAAAGGCUAUCUUGCUUUCUAGUUCUUCCUCCCCAACACAUUUUUCAAAAAAGAAAUUAAUUACUGUUAGGAAGUUCCAUGUCUUUCUUG